GCGUUUCCCGCAACCCGAUCCCCUCAGACAGGAUUCUUCCGCCGCAGCCCAACGGGGAGAUCUCUGGAAACAUGGCUACAGAACAUGUUAAUGGAAAUGGUACUGAAGAGCCUAUGGAUACUACUUCUGCAGUUAUGCAUUCAGAAAAUUUUCAGACAUUGCUUGAUGCUGGUUUACCACAGAAAGUUGCUGAAAAACUAGAUGAAAUUUACGUUGCAGGGCUAGUUGCACAUAGUGAUUUAGAUGAAAGAGCUAUCGAAGCUUUAAAAGAAUUCAAUGAAGACGGUGCGUUGGCAGUUCUCCAACAGUUUAAAGACAGCGAUCUCUCUCAUGUUCAGAACAAAAGUGCCUUUUUAUGUGGAGUCAUGAAGACUUACAGGCAGAGAGAAAAACAGGGGACCAAAGUAGCAGAUUCUAGCAAAGGACCAGAUGAGGCAAAAAUCAAGGCACUCCUGGAAAGAACAGGAUAUACACUUGAUGUGACCACUGGACAGAGGAAGUAUGGAGGACCGCCUCCAGAUUCCGUUUAUUCAGGUCAGCAGCCUUCUGUUGGCACUGAGAUAUUUGUGGGGAAGAUCCCAAGAGAUCUAUUUGAAGAUGAACUUGUACCAUUAUUUGAGAAAGCCGGACCUAUAUGGGAUCUUCGUUUAAUGAUGGAUCCUCUUACUGGUCUCAAUAGAGGUUACGCUUUUGUCACUUUUUGUACAAAAGAAGCAGCUCAGGAGGCUGUUAAAUUGUAUAAUAAUCAUGAAAUUCGUUCAGGAAAACACAUUGGUGUCUGCAUCUCUGUUGCCAACAAUAGGCUUUUUGUAGGCUCUAUUCCUAAGAGUAAAACCAAGGAACAGAUUCUUGAAGAAUUUAGCAAAGUAACAGAGGGCCUUACAGACGUCAUUUUAUACCACCAACCAGAUGACAAGAAAAAAAACAGAGGCUUUUGCUUUCUUGAAUAUGAAGAUCACAAAACUGCUGCUCAGGUAAAAGUUUUGUUUGUACGUAACCUUGCAAAUACCGUAACAGAAGAAAUUUUAGAAAAAGCAUUUAGUCAGUUUGGGAAACUGGAACGAGUGAAGAAACUAAAAGAUUAUGCGUUCAUUCAUUUUGAUGAAAGAGAUGGUGCUGUCAAGGCUAUGGAAGAAAUGAAUGGCAAAGAUUUGGAGGGGGAAAAUAUUGAGAUUGUUUUUGCUAAACCACCUGAUCAGAAAAGGAAAGAAAGAAAAGCUCAGAGGCAAGCAGCAAAGAAUCAAAUGUAUGAUGAUUACUACUAUUAUGGCCCACCUCAUAUGCCCCCUCCAACAAGAGGUCGAGGGCGUGGAGGUAGAGGUGGUUAUGGAUACCCUCCUGAUUAUUAUGGAUAUGAAGAUUAUUAUGAUUAUUAUGGCUAUGAUUACCAUAACUAUCGUGGUGGAUAUGAAGAUCCAUACUAUGGUUAUGAAGAUUUUCAAGUUGGAGCUAGAGGAAGGGGUGGUAGAGGAGCAAGGGGUGCUGCUCCCUCCAGAGGUCGCGGGGCUGCUCCUCCUCGCGGUAGAGCCGGUUAUUCACAGAGAGGAGGUCCUGGAUCAGCAAGAGGCGUUCGUGGUGCGAGAGGAGGUGCCCAACAACAAAGAGGCCGCGGGCAGGGAAAAGGGGUCGAGGCCGGUCCUGACCUGUUACAAUGAAGACUGACUUGCUAUGUGGGAUUACACCAGAAGCUUGCAGUGGAGUAAUGGUAAGGAAAUCAAGCAACCUUAAAUAUCUCGGCUGUAUAGGAGCAUAUUCUAUUGCAGAAGACCUUCCUGUGAAGAUCAUGGAAUCACAUAUGGGACAUUGAACUAAUACUUGGACUUUGAUAUGAAUUUCUUUAACAAUUUUCUCUGCAGUGCAAGUUAUUAAACUAAAGCUACUCUAUUUUCCAAAUGUGUUGCAACAGAAAUCCUUCAUAACUUCUAGCAUGGUAUCUUAAUAAAGAAUAAAGUUCUCUCUUAAAAAAUCUGCUUUAAGUAGAUUUUUCCCCUGUUUUUUUAAAUUAAGGAUCCCAGCAGUGGUAUUCGGAAAUAAUUCUCUUGAAUUUGUGCAUUUAAAUUUUAUUGCAGUGAUACACAUGAAUGCCAUUGUUGGUACCCUUAAAUCUUACUUCUGCUCACCAAGGUUAAUCAUGAUUGUCUAUAUCUUUUUUAUAGUAAUCACUUUUGAAUUGUGUUUCAGAUAUGCAGUUUCAGGUGUAAUCAUCAAAGCUGGUUAGUCAGGCAUUCCAGAUAGUGGUUCUUUUCAGAACCUUUUUUAAAGGGUUGGUUAACUACCUCAGUAGCAGAGGAUUGAACUAUACCCUAUCUGUACUGUACAUAGAAAAAUCUUUGUAGAUAAAAGCAAGGCUUGUUAAAUAUGAUAUGAGGGUAAGAUUUUAAUAUACCAAAUGUAACAUUCUUAGUUGCCUUUAGUUUCAGAGGCUUGUAAGACUUCCUCAUGACCAUCAUAACAGGCCUUGCUUUUGUCGUAUUUUGUGGCUGAAAAAGCAGCCUUGCUUCUUCAGAUAUUGUAGUUAUUUGGAUGUAUAAUAGUUUAGCAAGAUGUUACUUUUGUAAGACAUCAGAUGUUCAAAAAAAGUGCAUCCGAACUUGUACUAAAUACUGCAGUGUCCCUUUAUAAAAAGUCAGACUAAAACUGACAGUUGUACAGCAAAGCCUGACAUUUGGAUAUUUUGACGUUUUUUUCAUAAAUCAUAGAAAUUAGUAUAUGGCUGUAGUUUAGCUUUUUAGGUAAAAGGUAUGUUUCAUUAGUGCAUUUCUUACUGCUGAUCACUGCAAAAAUGUGAAUCAGCUGUCCAUUUCUUAUGCAAGUCAUGAUAACUUGUAGAGUACAAUCAUUUGUGCUAUGUUUUUAAUUUUCUAAAGCACCUUGAUGACAGUGAGUGUUCAGUGGUGAAGCAUCCUCUAUUGAAUCACCCUCAAAAUUUUUUUGCCAAGUCCUAAGUUAAUAGCUUAAAGUUAAAAGUGAAAUUAUAGUUUAAUUCGGACUUGGUAUAAAGAAAUCCUUUCUUCCCCUCCUCAAAGGGAUACUGCAGUUAUAUCACAUACCCAAUAGGCACCAUGAUGAAGAUCAGAGCUUAUACUUAAUUAAGGUUUUAUACACACCAGUUCCCCAGUAAAUGCAAAUUUAACAAGAAAAUUAGACAUGUCAUAUGUUUAAAAUGCUCAUGGCAAACAAUCAUUUUGCAUUCCUGCAAAUAAAAUUGUUUUAUACUGUAAGCUGGAGGCGAGUGUAACUUAUUUUUGUAAUAAAGUUUUUAUUUUUUUU